AUUUCAUUCACUUUUUCAAAUUCAAGGUGGGAUUUUUUUUGGGAUUUCUGGAUUAGAGUUGUUUAUAUAGUGGUGGGGUUUCAAUUCCUUAUUGAUUAUAUACGUAUAUAUGUCUGUGUAUGUAUAUAUUAAUUUUGCUAUGUAUUGGAUAUGAAGCAUGACUAUGGGAAAAAUUCAUUGAACCAUGAGGAUUUUGGAUCUACUGUUUCUUUGGCUUGACAAUAUUAGUACAGUUUUAAGCUCUUGGAGGUAUGGCAAACUUGUGGCUAAAAGUAACUUGUACUAAAAGUUGUAUUGUAUUUUACCCCCUUAGUAUUGUAUUUUACCCCCUUAACUUAAAAAGUGGCUAAAUUAGUUCUUGUAAGUUAGAUUAAAGAUUUCAUCCAUUUUUACAAUUAAAAAUUGGUCUUGUACGGAACAAAUAGAUGAAAUUUUUUAUAGAAAAGAUUAAUUUGCUCUUUGAUUUAAUAGACUAAUUUAUUCAUUUUUGAGAAAUGACUAAUUUGCUCUUUUAUUUAAUGUAAAGGAUUAAUUUAACUAUUUUUUUUUGCAAUUUGAUUUCUUGUAUAGGGGACUCCAUGAUACUUUUACCGAAACUUGUGUAAUUUGCAAAUUUGCAGUAAUUGAAGUUGAUUGAAGCUUCAAUGUGAAGCUGCAACCUUUAAUAUGCACAUAUUUUGUAGUUGUAACUAUCACUGAAUCGGAUCGAUGUAGUAGUUAGUAGUUACACUAAACUAGCUAAUCUAAAAUUUGAUAACUUCAGUCUCUCUUUAGCUGUGCUUUCAUGGUGAGGUGUUGCUUUCCUUACUGCUUUUUCCAUCUCAAAAUGUGUUCAUGGUGCGGUAUUUAGAAGUUUUCAGAAUGAUAUUAGACGAGUGGAGAGAUGAUUCUUCCAAUCGCUGUCGAGGAUGUCAAGCGAGAAGUCAAGAUAUUGAAAGCCUUGAAAGGCCAUGAAAAUGUGGUUCAAUUUUAUAAUGCAUUCGAGGAUGAUUCCUAUGUGUAUAUUGUUAUGGAGUUAUGUGAGGGUGGAGAAUUGUUGGACCGGAUUUUGGCCAAAAAAGAUAGCCGAUAUAGUGAAAAAGAUGCUGCAGUAGUAGUACGGCAAAUGCUCAAAGUUGCGGCCGAGUGUCAUCUGCAUGGCUUAGUGCACCGUGACAUGAAACCUGAGAAUUUCCUAUUUAAGUCAACACGUCCAGACUCGCCUCUGAAGGCUACAGAUUUCGGUUUGUCGGACUUUAUCAAACCUGGGAAGAGGUUUCGAGAUAUUGUUGGCAGUGCCUAUUAUGUUGCUCCUGAAGUAUUAAAAAGAAGGUCAGGGCCUGAAUCAGAUGUAUGGAGUAUCGGUGUAAUUACCUACAUUUUGCUCUGUGGGAAGCGUCCCUUUUGGGAUAAGACUGAGGAUGGUAUAUUUAAGGAGGUUUUGAAGAACAAGCCUGAUUUCCGUCGAAAACCAUGGCCAACAAUUAGCGACGACGCUAAAGACUUUUUGAAGAAGAUGUUGGUGAAGGAUCCUCGGGCUAGAUUGACAGCAGCUCAGGCCCUAUCACACCAAUGGGUUAGGGAAGGAGGAAAUGCAUCUGAUAUUCCCGUUGAUAUAUCGAUUUUGAGUAAUCUCCGGCAGUUCGUGAAGUAUAGUCGAUUGAAGCAGUUUGCUCUGAGGGCAUUGGCUAGCACACUUAAUGAAGAAGAGAUAGCCGAUCUUCGGGACCAAUUUGAUGCAAUCGAUGUGGAUAAGAGCGGUUCUAUUAGUCUCGAAGAGAUGAGACAGGCCCUUGCUAAAGAUCUUCCUUGGAAGCUAAAAGAUUCACGUGUCCUCGAGAUUCUUCAAGCGAUUGAUAGCAACACGGAUGGACUUGUUGAUUUCACCGAGUUUGUUGCAGCUGCACUACAUGUGAAUCAAAUGGAAGAACAUGAUUGCGAUAAGUGGCAAAUGCGGUUACAGGCUGCUUUCGAGAAAUUUGAUGUAGAUAGAGAUGGAUAUAUAACUCCGGAGGAACUACGAAUGCACACGGGAUUAAGAGGUUCCAUCGACCCUUUACUUGAGGAGGCUGACAUUGACAAAGAUGGAAAAAUAAGCCUUUCAGAAUUCCGACGGCUUUUACGAACUGCUAGCAUGGGUUCACGGAACGUAUCUAGUCCAUCCGGUAAUCGGAAUACUCAGAAGUUGUAGAUUAAAAAAUGAAAACGAGAGCAAGAAAAAUGGAGCAUUUCCCCGAUUUUUGUGCUUGCCUGGUAUCUAUACCGGACCCCGAGCGUGUCUACAUCUACCAGUCAUCAAGCAUUGUAGGACCCUUUUCGACUUCGAGUUUUGUUCGAUGUUGGCUCUGGUUGUGGGUAGCUCUAUGUAUAUGGUCAUUCGAUGUACAUUUUCUUUGGUUGGGUAUAAUCUUGUUAUGCCUAUAUGUGACUAUAAAAUAAUUUAUCAAUGAAGAAUAUGGUGCAUCCCAA